UCUACAAAACAAGAGGUGACAAGAAUAUUUUAUUUUAUCAAAUACUUAAUGAAAUCGCGUAAACAAACAAAAAUUAUCGGAAAGAGAGAGAAAAAAUAUUGUAAUUUAUUUUAGGGGACUAUUUAUGUGUCCACACACAUUAAAUAUCUUGAUACGUCUGUAUUGGCUCUUGCAUUCCCUUUUGCACCUUUGCCAAAAUUUAUUUCGGGAAAGAGGCGCCAUGAAUGAGGCAGUUGGCCAGCGUGGAAGGAAGCUGGCCAUGGCACCGACCUUCAUUUAUCAUUCCCGCACCAGUCAAACCAACGAUCAUCCAUCGCCAAUCAUUUUCUACUUCCCAAUUGAUUUUUCUUCAAACACCGCCGCUGGAGUACGAUAUCAGAUUCACAGUUCUCCACAUUGCUUUUGACUCCCACGGAUUCGACAAUUCGGAGUUUUGUCGGAAAAUGGGGAAGAAGAAGGUGAUGUUGCCUGCUAGUGAAGUCGAUUUGACGACGGUGAAGUACGUGCCGGAAAAAAUUCAAGCUCCACAUUUGACUGGGGUUGGGUUGCAGUUGUUUGUCAAGUUAGCUGAAGCGCCAGGGAUCGGGUCAUUGAUUAUGGAACACUUGAAGAAUCAGAAUCGAGUAGUAGAGAUGUUGAAAAAUACCGUCAUUCCAGAGACUCCCAUGUUUAAGCCUGAGUUCCCGCUUCAAGACCCAGAGCACUGUGUAUCUUUCUUGGAAGAAGAUGGGAACCCUCAAGACAGAGUUGGCGUUGCCUUAAACUGUCUCCCACAUUAUGAUCCCAUGAGCAACUGGAGCUCUAGUUCGAAUGUGUCAUUCCGCUACUGGAAGAUUCGUGACUAUGCUCAUGCAUAUAGAUCAAAGUUAACAACUCCAUCAGUGGUUGCUGAGCACUUUAUCUCAUCCAUGGAGGAGUUUGACAAUAAGAACCCAAUGUCCCCCCUAUUGAUAUCGUUCAACCCUGAUGAGGUCAGAAAGCAGGCUACAGCUUCCACACAAAGAUUUGAGGAUGGAAACCCAUUGUCAAUCUUGGAUGGAAUUUUUGUGGCAAUUAAGGAUGACAUUGAUCUCAACCAUCAUUAUACAAAGGCUGCUACAACAUGGUUGCACGAGGUUUAUAAAGUUGAAAAAGAUGCUGUUUGUGUUUCAAGAUUACGCAGCUGUGGUGUCAUUUUGGUUGGUAAGGCAAAUAUGCAUGAGUUAGGCCUGGGCACAACAGGAAACAAUCCUAAUCAUGGGACAACAAGAAACCCCCAUGCUCUUGAAAGGUACACUGGUGGAUCAUCGUCAGGCCCUGCAGCAAUUGUAGCUUCUGGAUUGUGUUCUGCUGCACUAGGAACAGAUGGCGGAGGUUCAAUACGGAUUCCUUCUUCCCUAUGCGGUGUUGUUGGCUUGAAGACAACAUAUGGACGUACUGACAUGAGAGGAGCAACAUGUGGCUCUGGGACUGUGGAGAUCAUUGGACCCAUCACAGCAACCGUCGAAGAUGCUAUUCUUAUGUAUUCAGCAAUUUUAGGAGCCUCUCCUGUUGAUAGAAUUUCUUUAAAACCGGACAAACCUUGUUUACCUAAUUUAUCUUCAAAUGGAAGUUUGGAUGUUCUGGGAUCCAUGAGGUUGGGAAAGUAUACCGAGUGGUUUAAUGAUGUUUCCUCAACUGAAAUAUCUGACAAAUGUGAGGAUGUAUUAAAUCAACUAUCAAUAAAAUAUGGGUGCAAAACAAUAGAGAUCAUAAUACCCGAGCUGCAUGAGAUGCGAACUGCUCAUAUUGUGUCUAUAGGUUCGGAAUCACUAAGUUCAUUGAAUCCCGACUUUGAGAAUGGGUAUGGAUCAAGAUUGACAUAUGAUACUCGAACCAACUUGGCACUUUUUAGGUCAUUCUCAGCAUCAGAUUAUGUAGCUGCUCAGCGCCUUCGGAGAAGGAUAAUGUACUACCACAUGGAGAUAUUUAAGAAUGUGGAUGUCAUUGUAACCCCUACAACUGGCAUGACAGCACCAAUAAUACCUCCAAGUGCUCUUGCAGUUGGAGAGUCAAAUUUGCAAGUCUCAGGAAACCUCAUGCGCUUCAUUAUAGCAGCAAAUCUUCUGGGGCUUCCUGCCAUUUCUGUCCCUGUUGGGUAUGACAAGGACGGACUACCCAUAGGCAUCCAACUUAUAGGCCGGCCAUGGUGUGAAGCUUCCAUUUUACGUUUAGCAGCUGCAAUAGAGGAGAAUUGUUCAUCCCCCAAGAAAAAGCCAUUGCAGUUCUAUGACAUAUUGAAGAAGGGACAUUAAACAAUUUCAAUUAAAUAAAACUAAAUCAAGAUUACAGAGUGAAUCGCUAUAUCAUGUAAACUCAUAUGAUAUAACCAUGUAAACUACUCAUGUGCAAAAUACGGAGUAAUACGGAGUAAGAACUACAAAAAGGAAGACUACCAUCUUACCUUUUUGAGUUGUAAACACAAAAUGAGGAUCUUCUAACAUUUUUCUGUAAAUUUUACGGAGUAUAUAUUUAGGUCCACAAAAUGAAUGGGAAAUUUAGGACCAUAAAAGAAUUUGUUACCU